AGAAAUGGAUUUAGAUUUUGAAGAUGAUUCAGAGACACGAGUGCAUUUACUAGUGCAUGAUAUUAAGCCCCCGUUUCUCGACGGCCGCAUGGUUUUUACUAAACAAUUGGAAGCCGUGCAAUCUGUAAAAGAUCCUACGUCGGAUUUGGCUGUGUUCUCUAGAAAAGGAAGUCAAUUAGUAAAAGAAAAGCGAGAACAGAUGGAACGUCAAAAGGCCGCUAAGAAUGUGGUGGACAUUGCGGGCACCUCACUCGGCAACCUUAUGGGCAUCAAAGCUACAGAUGACAGCACAACAGCACCUGCCACCAAUGAAGAUGGAGAAAGUGAAGAACCAAAGGGGGAAUCUAAAUUUGCAUCUCAUCUAAAAGCUUCUGAAGCAAUAAGUGUAUUCUCAAGGUCCAAGACCCUUCGUGAACAACGAGAAUUUUUACCAGCUUUUGCUGUUAGGGAAGAGUUUCUGAGAAUUGUAAGAGACAAUCAAGUUGUUGUGAUUGUCGGAGAGACGGGUUCUGGGAAGACUACCCAAUUAACGCAAUACCUUCAUGAAGAUGGAUAUAGCAAAUAUGGAAUAAUAGGUUGUACACAACCUCGUCGUGUAGCUGCUAUGUCCGUCGCAAAGCGUGUUAGUGAAGAAAUGGAAUGCAAACUUGGAACUAUUGUUGGAUAUGUCAUUCGUUUUGAAGAUUGUACAUCUGAAAGUACCGUGAUUAAAUAUAUGACAGAUGGUGUUAUUGUUCGUGAAUCACUUAAAGAGCCUGAUCUAGAUAAUUACAGCGUCAUCAUAAUGGAUGAAGCACACGAACGUUCACUGCAAACGGAC